AUGUUAAGAAAUAUUUCAAAGUCAUCCCUUUUUAAAACUAGCUUUAAAUAGUUCUAUUCUUUCUCUUAUUAUAAAAAUCUAGAUCUUAAUUGUCCUUAUCCAUCAUUUCAAGUAAUUUGAAAUUGUAAUAAUAAUUAGUCACGAGAUCUCACAGUUACUCAUACUAUGCAUUAUAUUACUAAACCUCCUUGUGAUCCUAAGAUUAUGACAUUUGGAGCAUUUCACACAGAUCAUUUAUUAGAAAUUGAUUGGUCUGAAAAGAUGGGGUAUAAAACCAUUAUUACAUUCUAAGUUGGAGUAGACCUUAAAUAGUUCCAUUUAAAAGUUUCAGUGUUCAUCCUUUUGCUGCUUGUCUUCAUUAUGCUAUUGAAUGUUUUGAAGGAGCUAAAGUAGAAAUAUUUAUAAUAUAAUAUAGGCUUACAGAGGUCCAAAUAAUUCAAUUAGAACAUUUAGAUUAAACUGUAAUAUGUAUAGAAUGAAACAAUCUGCUAAGAGAUUGUCAUUACCUGAUUUUGAUGGAGCUGAAUUGGAAAGAUGCAUUGAAUAAUUAUUAAAAGUUGAUAGAGAUUGGAUUCCAGAUAGACAAGGAUUUAGUUGUUACAUUAGACCAACUUUGAUUGCUACAGAAGAAGCAUUAGGAGUUCGUGCUUCAAGUAGAGCUAAAUUAUUUGUUGUUUUAUGUCCUGUUGGUCCUUAUUUUCCAUCUGGACUUAAACCUGUUAGAGUAUUUUGUAAUACAUCAACUGUAUUUAUAAAUUAUAUUAAGAUUCGAUCUGCUCCAGGAGGAGUUGGAGGAUUUAAAGUUGCUGGUAAUUAUGCACCUACUGUUCUACCAUUAAAAGAAGUAUAAAAAAUAGGAUUUCAUUAAAAUUUAUGGAUGUUACCUGAUGGAUUAGUUUAAGAAAUGGGUGUUUGUAAUUUAUUUUUCUUUUAAAAAAAUUAAUAAGGAGAAAAAGAAUUAGUCACACCUAUUUUAGAUGGAACAAUACUUCCAGGAAUUAUGAGAGAUUCUAUUUUAGUAACACUUAUCAUCAUAUAUCUAGGAAAUUACUAGAGGAAUGGGUAAAUUUAAAGUUAUAGAAAAAAAAUUAUAUAUUCAAGAAGUCAUCGAAUCUAUUGAAUCAGGAAGAGUAUAUAAUUUUAUAAUAAUAUUUAGAUGAUUGAAAUGUUUGGAUCAGGUACUGCUGUUAGUAUUCAACCAAUUGAAGCUAUUGGAUAUGAUGAUAAAAUUUAUGAAAUUAAAUAUGAUACAAAAUUAAAUGCAGGGGAACUUUCACAAGAAUUAUUUGAUCUUCUAACUAAAAUUUAAGUAUUUAUAAAUAAAAUAUGAUUAGACUGGAGGAGAAGAACAUAAAUGGAUUAAAUCAAUAUGA